AAAUAACCAGCUUUUUAAAGCACUGAUUCAAACACAUCAACGAAGCAACGUCCGGUAGCGAUAACACGCCUUCCUCUGUCUCUCAAACCUAAAUCCCCAUCCGUGUGCUCCAUAAUCUCCCUCUCUGCAAGACCCCUAAACUUCAAUUCGGCUGGGUUUUUGAACUGAGCCAAAACCCACAUCCUCCUGUGAACCUCUCUCUAUAAGAAGAGGAAAUGAACAGGCCAGGGAGAAGGGUUCCCAGGGGAAUGCUUCCCCUGCUAGCCUUGCACGUAGUGAAUGAGUAUUACAGGCUUGAGAGGAAGCCUCCUGUAACUGCUGGUCUUCUUCUCACCAAUACCUUGAUUUAUCUUAGGCCUGGUCCUCUAGACUCCAUCCUCCCGACCAUUGAUCAAGUAUGGUUCAACCCUCAUCUCACUGUCAAGAACCGAGACAUCAAGCGUUUCGUCCUCUCUGCCUUCUAUCACAUGGGUGAAUCCCACCUCGUAUACAACAUGAUGUCUCUCUUAUGGAAGGGGGUUCAGCUUGAGCUGGCCAUGGGGAGCACUGAUUUUGCAGUCAUGAUUGCCUCCCUCUUGGGAAUGUCACAAGGCAUCACACUCCUCCUUGCAAAACUCCUCGACGUCUUCUUUGACUAUGAAACCUCUUACUACAAUGAAUAUGCAGUUGGCUUCUCUGGUGUCCUGUUCGCCAUGAAAGUGGUCUUAAAUGCACGAUCAGAAGAUUUUGCCUAUGUCCAUGGCCUUGUAGUCCCUGCUCGCCAUGCAGCGUGGGUUGAACUCGUUCUCAUCCAACUCUUUGUGCCUGGUGUCUCAUUUCUAGGACAUUUGGGGGGAAUACUAGCGGGGAUUUUGUACCUUAGAUUAAGGGGUUCAGGCACUAGAAGGGACCCUAUGUCAAUAAUGUUGCGUAGGGUAAUUGACAUAUUGGGUUGGCCUGUGAAGCAUGUUCGAGAUUAUUUUCGUAGACGUCAGGGGCAAACUUUUGGUAGGGGAAGAGUUGGUGGAGGAGAGCAGGGGUCAGGUUCAAGAACUGGGCAAGUUUGGAGGUGCUCAGUUUGUACUUUUGACAACUCGAGCGUUUUGAAUAGGUGCGCAAUGUGUGACAUGCUGAGAGAUGGUGGACAGGUGAGUACAGGGCAAGGCCCAGUACGUCGGAAUAGGGAACCUUCUCUUGAAGAGUUGAGGCAAAGGCGGCUUGAGAGGUUUGGGAGAUGACACCAUUGGUUGGUGUUUGUAGGUGCUUCAAACUUAUUUUUGUUAAGCUCUUGUGGAAUUGUUGGAGCUAAUCUGUACAAGCCCUCUGUUGCAAGUCAUUGUUUAGGCAUGGUACUUUCAUUGUUCAAUAUUAACCAAUAUUACCUAUCAAUCAAGGGGUACUUGUAUAGGGAAUACAAGCAUUUGUUGUGAAGGCCCAAUAUGGUGUUAGCCCAAUACAUGGCUAUGCUUUCCUUGUUUUUCUUUUUCUCUUGGCAAAUGAUGAAAUUUCCCCUUGCUCAAAAACUGAUUUAGCACUCGGUAUUUUAUAUGAAAGUUGUGGUGCAGAUCUUCACAGCCUUA